CAUGUGGCUUCACUCAUCAUCGAGCAAGUGUCGUGAAGAGACCGCCCGCGUGAGCUUAAGCCGCCGCUCGAUCUUAAGACGUUUGUGCGACAGUUUGUCAAUACCCAGUUGCUUCUUUUGCUCUAUUGUUUGUCUACUCUCCAUUGUCUACACAUUGAUUAAUAAGCCCGCAAGAGCAAUUCGCUACAAGGGUUGCAAUCUGAAGUGUCCCUGAACAGAAGUGUCCAACCGCCAACCGCCAACCGCCAAGUCAACCGAGGUAUUCCGGGACGAAUUUCCAGCAUACUCUCGAGACGUAUUUGAGAAUACACGCCACCGGUUCAGCAUCGCCAACCACCGGACCGGAGUUGCCCAACCAUCGAUCAUCUCGAACAUCAGGUACGUCGAGAGAUCACUGGCACGAGAGGAGCUGCAUUAUCAGGCCGAGUGUUUACAUAAAAGUAAACAUCAUGACGUCUCUAGUAGUGUUGGAAAACAACAACAACAACAACCAUCAUUACCAGUUCGAUGGCGACAAAGAUUCCUCGACAACGAGCGAUCGCGAGAGCGAAAAGUAUCUGCGCGAGCUGACGAAAACCUUCACCGGGAUCGACAAACCGCUCAAGAACGCGCGCAAAUGCGAGACGCUGAACGAUUUGAUGCGCGAGCUGCGGCAAACCUUCGACUCGGACCAUGUUAACAUUGAGUACGUUAAUCAUCUGAUGCUGAGCUACGAGUCCAACCCGGCCGAGUGGCGCAAGUUUGCCAAGUUUGACCGUUUCCGCUACACAAGGAACCUCGUCGAUGCUGGCAAUGGUAAAUACAAUCUCAUGAUACUGUGCUGGAACGAGGGGCACGCGUCGGCCAUCCACGAUCAUGCCGAUUCGCACUGUUUCAUGAAGAUGCUGAAGGGACAGCUGAUGGAGACGCGCUAUGCCUGGCCAAAGGAUGCGUCCGUCAAUGACGACUGUAAGGCGGACAUCGGCAAUGGAAAUGGGGCGGGCGGACACCACGAGGAGCAGGAGUACAAUGGUGACGAGCUGGAGGAGCUCUCACGUAGUACUCUCGAAACGAACGGAGUGUGCUACAUCAACGAUACUUUGGGGCUGCAUCGGGUCGAGAAUCCGAGCCACACGGAUGUAGCCGUUUCGCUGCACCUUUACUGUCCCCCGUUCGAUGUGUGCUCCAUCUUCAACAAGCAAACCGGAAAGCGCACCAAGUGUAACGUUACAUUCUGGAGCAAGUUUGGCAAGCGAGAUCCUGCCAACGCCAACUGAUCGGGAUCAUCGCAAAGGUGCAAGGUAUUGGAAAUCGCAUUUGUCGACUGAAAGCGCGGGAGUGACUAGUGACGAGUAAUAAAGUAGUUGCGUUUUGAAUAGCAUUAAUCAUGUUGAGUGUAGUGCAGGACUGUUUGUCUGGCGUUUUAGAAUUUAUGCGUUUGUGCUAAGGUAAUGUGCUUGAUAAGGUUUAAGGUAGUAGGAAGGGACAGGAUCAUGAUCUUCCGAAUUGUGAACAGCACGAAUAGCUUGUGAGCGAAUGAUAAUUUUGCAUCUCAUUGCUACUUAAAGAAGUUGUGAUAAAUAAAGAAAUUGUAAGUACUCAAUUUUCUUUUCUUUCUCUGGUGGGCUAUGGUUGUUGCAAAAAUCCAAACUAA